AUGAAAAUAAAUUUAUUCAAUCCCAAGACUAAGCAUUCUUAAUUUAGUAGAUCAACCAGGGCGACUUCAAUGUUAUCACUCAAGAAAGUGGAUGAAUCAACUGUAGGAACUGUUGGGAACUGGGCAUAGACAACUCUGCCUUAAGUUAAAAAAAAAAGAAAAUAAAAUUAUAAUUUUCUGAGGGAUCACGAAAAAUUCUUUAAAAUCAAUGAUGAUGACAACUCUCCAUAUGGCAAUAGGAAAUAAUAAUCUUUGAAAAUUUUGUCUCAAGUUGAUUUAAAUGACAUGAAUGAUGUAGAAGAAAGAUUUACUUUUGUUCUGAAAUAUCUAAGACAAUCUAAAAUAGGCAAUCUGUACAAUGUCGCCGUCUUUACUUAUGCCUACAUUUUGGAAAAGCAGUUUCAAUACGACAAAGCAAUCUUAAUUUGGUAAAAAUACUUAGUCUUUUGCAAUUCAAAUCGAGUCUAUCGUUACAAAAUUAUUGCUUAUAAACAUCUGGUAGAGCUCUCUCUUUUGAUUCAAGAUUUCAGGAAAGCCUUAAAUUAUUCUAAAAAACUCAUCAAAUACACAUUAUUUUUUAAUGAGUCCAAUUACGAAUUAAAUGCCUAUGAUUAAAUAGGAAAGAUAUUCUAUUACACCAAAGAAUAGCAAUUAGCAAAGGCUUUCCAUGAGAAAUUCAUGGAUGGUGAACCUAUGCCAACUUAAAAUAAAAUUCGAUAAGCUGUUGUCAGGAUGAUAGAAUAUAACAUUCGAUAAAAGUAAUCUAUAGGUUAAAUUGACACUGACAGUGAAGAUGAUUUCGAAUUAGAUAAACUAGCUGAACCUAAAAAUUUAGAGUUUCAUCCUAUUAGAUUUAAAGAUGCACUGCUUAAGUACAAACACUUAUGGGGACAUGUGUAAAAAUAAGUGAACCCUUAGGACCUCUAAAUGUAUUGACUUUUGAUAAACGACUAUUCUAAAGAGAAUACUUUACUUAGUUAAGUAAUAACAAUAGUAUCAAGAGUUUCAUACUAAAUAGCAAUAUCUCUAUAAAAAAGAAUAACCUAUAAAAAGUUAUUGACAAAUUAAUAAAUGAUAUCUAAACUUUUUGAUUAAUUAAAAUCAUUAUAUUUAUUAAAAUAUAGAAUUUUCAA